AUGGCGGCGGCGGAGCCCGCGAGCUCUGCCCAGCCCACGCCGCAGGCCCAGCCGCCGCCGCCGCCGCCUGCGGCGCCGUCCUCGCAGCCUACCGCGGCGCUCAGCAGCCGGCACGAGAAGAGCCUGGGGCUGCUCACCACCAAGUUCGUGUCUUUGCUGCAGGAGGCGCAGGACGGCGUCCUGGAUCUCAAAGCGGCUGCAGAUACUUUGGCUGUAAGACAAAAGAGAAGAAUAUAUGAUAUCACCAAUGUCUUAGAAGGAAUUGAUCUAAUUGAAAAAAAAUCAAAGAAUAGUAUCCAGUGGAAGGGUGUAGGCGCUGGCUGUAAUACUAAAGAAGUUAUAGAUAGAUUAAGAUUUCUUAAAGCUGAAAUUGAAGAUCUAGAAUUGAAAGAAAGAGAACUCGACCAGCAGAAACUGUGGCUACAACAAAGCAUCAAAAAUGUGAUGGAAGACUCCAUUAAUAACAGGUUUUCUUAUGUAACUCACGAAGACAUCUGCAAUUGCUUUAAUGGUGAUACACUGUUGGCCAUUCAGGCUCCUUCUGGUACACAGCUCGAAGUACCUAUUCCAGAAAUGGGUCAGAAUGGACAAAAGAAAUACCAGAUAAAUUUAAAGAGUCACUCAGGACCUAUCCAUGUGCUGCUUAUAAACAAAGAGUCCAGUUCAUCCAAGCCGAUGGUUUUUCCUGUCCCCCCACCUGAUGACCUCACACAGUCUUCCUCCCAGUCCUCAACAUCAGGGACUCCACAGAAAUCCACCAUGGCUGCUCAGAACCUGCCCGAGCAGCAAGUUUCUGAAAGAAGCCAGAGUUUCCAGCAGAUACCAGCUACAGAAAUAUCUUCAGGGUCUAUUAGUGGAGACAUCAUUGAUGAACUGAUGUCUUCUGAUGUGUUUCCUCUCUUACGGCUUUCUCCUACUCCAGCAGAUGACUACAACUUUAACUUAGAUGACAAUGAAGGAGUUUGUGAUUUGUUUGAUGUUCAGAUACUAAAUUAUUAGAUUCCAUGGAAACUUGGGACUGUUAUCUACCUCUAACUGUAACAUUGUAGAAUUCUUAAUAACCUAAGUAUUUAAAAUUAUGAAUGUAAUACCAUUUUAGUUCACUAAGUAUGAAAUAUUCUUCACUAACAUUUACUUCACAAAACUUCAAAGGGCUCUGACUGCUUCAGGGGGAUGAUUAACUGUCUACCAGCAUGCCCCUCCAGUGAUUAUAUUCAAUUUCUUUCAAAGCUAAAUUCUGCUGUAGCUUCUCCUGAGAGAAAAGUUAAGGCAGACUUCAGGUCACCACACCAAAACAUUGCCCAGAUUUUAUUUGUCUUUAUAUUUUUACUGCCACAAAGUUAUAUCUAUGUGUCCUUCAGACAUUCACUGCCACAUACAAAGUGAAGGGCAUCACUAUUGAGUGAAGAGAUUUUGUGAAGUGCCUUCUGUUUUAGCACUUUAAGUCUAUCAGUUUGCUGACUUGUGACAUUCUACUUUCCUAGAGUAUAGGAAAGAUCUGUUUAUGUAGUUUGUUUUUAAAAUGUGCCAAUGCCUGUACAUUAACAAGAUUAAAACAAAGUUGUAUAAAGCAUUCCAUUUAUUGAUCUUUGAGGGAGUGUCACUGUGUUACAAUUGAGCCAUUAGUCUGGUUGCUUCAUCAACAUUAGCUGGUUCAUUUUCAUGGUGCUUCUGAGGAAUCAAAGGGAAAAAAGUUAAAACAAAAGCUAAAGUUUAAACAAAAUCAAACUAAACCACCUUGAAUACAAGCUGCUACCUAGUUUAAUUCUUCUAGUUUACCUUUGGAAAUAAAGUAAAUUCUAUAUUCAGACUUCAUGUAUGGCCUAAAAAAUGCUAUAUACACCAAAAUGCCAGGUAAAAAAAAAUGCUUACACUUCAAGUGUGUUAGCCUUCAAUAUCUGUUAUGAGACUAAUUUCUACUUACCAGCUCCUUCUGCAUAGAUUUCAGAGAAAGGCUUUUUGAAAAGCUUGCGAGUUCUUUCUGUAUGUUUACAAAAGCUCUGUUCAUUCUGUUGACUUUUUCAUCAUUCAUAAUGUUUAUCUGUUAAAAAAAAAUUAUACUCUCAUAACUAUUAAAGUACUGAGCUGUCUAAA